AAUCCGAAACUUGCUGAGAAUUCAAGACGAGGAUGUAUUACUGGGAAGAAGAUGGUGUGGACGAGUCAUUUGUGGGCUACCAGAAGUCUGUUCGGGCCCGAGCCAGUGAGAGUUUGGAGGAACUUCGUCAGUCUCUGAGUGGUCAUAAGUUAUCUGGAGCUUCCCCUGAGACCAAGUCUCAACUGUCAGAUGUGGUGAAUCCCCGACAUUUGGCAUAUGCCGAAGCUGCCUACAACCUCAAACAACACCUAGAGAAGCAGAAAACCCCUAGAGAACCUGAAUCCUCUCAGAAAGUAGAGACAGAUGUCCCCACCCUGGAGGAGACUGUCUCCAUACUACAGUCCCAGGCUGGCUACAUGCAGCAACUGGAGGCUGAGAACAGAUACAUCAAGGAAGAGUUGUCAGCUAUCAGACAGAAGAUGAGUGAGCUGAUAGUAGAGAACAGGCAACUCCAUGAUGAGCUCAAGUCCAGUGUGCUGCAAGAGAUCAUACAAGAAGGAAGCAGUCCAUUGAAGAUAGCACCAGAUUUGUCAAGUGAGGUGUUUGAGGCUGCAACAAACCGUGGACAUCUACAGAGAUGGCAGGCUGAGCUGCAACGUCUUCACUCUCUUUAUGAAGGGAAAACCAAGAGAUUAGAGUCACAACUGUCAUCAGCCAAAUCGGAGAUUACACACUAUGAGAAGACAGUAGAGGAUCUGAGGGCACAGCUAAGGAUGCAGAUGACAGAGGUGCAAGUGGCCACAAGAGAGGACGGCACUUCUGGAAACUUUGUCUUCUCUGACACUCAGACCAAUAUACAUCUACGUACCAUCAACACUCUUACCAAGGAGAGAGAUGAACAGCUUGAGUUUGUGAGACAGUGUAAGAACAAGAUCCGUGAGCUGGAGCAGAGAGAGGAGGAAGCUUAUCAGCAAAUCAAGAAAGGCAUAGAGCUAGUGGAGCAGGCUCAGCUGGAACAGACCGAGGCCAUUGUUCAGAAGGAGCAGUUAGCAGAAGAGCUAGACAAAAUGAAGGAGCGCUUUUCUCAGCUGUUAGCCGACAGUCAGUCAAAGAUGGAUGAGGAGAGAGGCAUUGUCCGCAAAGAGAAUGAAGUCAUUGUCAAGGAACUCACCACCAAACUGAAGGAGCUUGUAGAAUCUGAGAUGUCUGCUCGAAACCUGCUAGACAAAGUCACCAGGGAAAAGACGGGUCUGAUGAAUGAACUAGACGAUAUAAAACUACAGCUGCGCAAGUAUGACAAGGAAGUCACCAUGGCUGCUGAUUCCUACAGAUCAGAGAGCACUAAUGCCACCAUACAGAGACAACAGGCUCUGCAUGAAGUGACCCGGUUACGGACAGAGCUUCAGCAAUGUGAGAAGGAACGAGAUCAAGAACGUAGUAAAUACAGGGCAGAGUUGGAAGAGUUACAGAGGCGACUGAGUCGAGCUGAGAAAGAGCUGGUCAAUGCUAAGGAAGAGUGUAUUCACUAUACCUCAAAUAUUCAGGAGUUAGAGGGACAGCUCCAUCUUGCGAAGAUGGCCCGUGACAGUGUGGAGAGAGGCCGUACUGAAGAUCUGAAGGCUCUGACCAGGAGAGCUCAACAACGGGAACAGGAACUCAGCACCUAUAUAGAUGACAUGGAGCAUAAACACUCUAAUGCAGAGUCUGAAAUGAAUGAGAUGAUGAAAACACAGAAUAAUCUGAUUGGUCGAUUGAGAGGAGAGUGUCGGCAUCAAGCUGGUCAGCUGGCAAAACUUGUGAAGAAACACAGAGCAGAGAGUGGUCAGCUAAGGAAGGAUAAUGCCAACUUGAGGCUGCGGCUGGAGCGGUCAGUGUCUAGAGUGAGCAGUCUAGAGGAGCAGGUUGAUCAGCAUGCUCGCUUACAUAACAAGAUGAGACAGAGACUGAAGAUGAUGGAUGACCAUGCUCAGCAUCAGUCUCAACAGGUGUUGGACCUGUUGUCCCGACAGAGCAGUUUGAUGAAGGAUCGACAGCUACUGGCCAGAGAACUUGAAUUCCUGCGGUCAAAACUGAUCCCAGGUAACGAGUCUGACCUGGAGAAACUGUUCACAUCAGGAAAGGGUGCAGUGGAUGAGGUUUUGUCAGCUAUCUCUCAGGAGAAGGCUGAUGGGGAGGGGGUGUGGUCACAGCUAAUCAAUCCCCCAAAACCUCUAGGAGAAGAAGAGGAUCUGUUAAUAUCUUGACCAUUGACAGGCAACUAGUACUGACGGACAUCACAACAGCUGACUUAGACACAGAAAAUUGAACAGAGCUGAAUACAGACUGCCAAGGUACAUGUACAGAAUUACAUGUGGGCUGAUAACAGCUAGAUUUGGGAACUGUGGAUCUAUAGACUGAGCUACAUGCUUAGAAGAAACAGCAGAGGAGAUAUAUGAAAUCAGCAUUUCAGUAAUAGGCCUACUGUUGACGUUAGGAAAGGAGCAUUAAUUACAGGUAGCAAAUCCAAAGCACAGAUAUGAAUAUCGGUGUAACAAAACCUGACCCUUACCUGGCAAGAUCUGUGAUUCUCCAUACCCUCUAUAAAGUCAGUAGUUGUGUUACCAUCUCAUUGAAAUAAAUACGUCACAGGGACACUGGACUGAUGUUAGAGUCAAAGAUUGUUAACAAUAGAAUGGUUUGACAGCGUUGAGAGAGUGGUUGUUAAAGACAGGUGCUUCAUUAGCCAUGGUGCCUUUUUAUAACAGUGAUCUUAACAUCUACUCAUACAAAUGCAUUCUUUGUUUUUCUGGUUUUGUUUUGUUGAUUUUUUCUACUUGUACUUUUUUUAAUGGCAGCUCUUUUCUCUAGCUGUCUGUGCCCCAGCACACUCUUGUAUGUUUUGUUCCAAGCAAUUUCUCCACACAUUACCCUUUUCUGUCCCAAACAGUUUUUCCUACCUUGUGUUCUGUCCCAACCAAUUUUUUCCACACCAAAGCAUCCUUUCUCCCAAGCUGUUUUUCUUCUUCCAUACAGCCCUUUCCUCUGUCCCAAUUGGUUUCACCUCUGUCAGACACAUUAAACUACCCUGUGUUUAUCUUGUAUCUCCAGUGUCUACUCUUCAGACUACCCAUUGUUCUCUCCGUAGUGCUCAGUUUCUUCUGUUCCACACUAUCUUGUGCUUCCCAAGUCGAGUGGUUUUCCCUGCCCCAGACAGCCCUACACAUGUAUGCUCUCUCCGAUGUCAUGCAUGUGUUCAGUGUCUUCCCUUCCAUACCACAGUGUGUUCUUCCCCAACUGAUUAAUUUUUCUAAAGUUCUGUGGCUAGAUUUUACAUCACUCAGCCCUUGUAUCUGAAUUAUGUGAAGCUGAAAUUGUUUAUUUACAUAGCAUGGGCAGUAUAAUUCAGCACUAUCAACAUUUUGUGCAUAUGUAUUGACCAGUUGAAUGGGCAUCAGCAAGUGUUCAACUCAUUAAUUCUGUCUGUGAUAAUACAGUUACCUAGUAAAUGUCUUUUCGAAUCUGUGAUGGGUAUUUGGCAGCCAUAUAGUGCUGUUUCAUCGUUAGUGACACAAGUUUACAUGGUGAAUUCUAGAUGUACUUUUGUAAGCCACACAGUGGCACUUGUCAAUAUUGGAAUAGCCGUUGACAGUCCUGCCACAGACUUUUAACUUCAUUUGCACAAGUUAAUAUAUAUACAUACAGUGUAUAUUCUUUGUAUACAUGUGUAUUGGCAAACAUAGAAUUGUGUACCUUGUUGAUCUAUGUGCUGGUUUAUGACCUCAUUUACCGUGAGAGUGGAUCUAUUUCUUUUUCUGAUCUACUUCUGGGAAAUGUGUUAGCUGGUGGGUUAAAUUUUCAAACCACUCCUCAAAAGACAAUGUCUGAUGAAACAUAAAUUUCCAAAAUAAUACAUAUACCCAAAAAGAAUUAUAUUUAGAAACUAUGGAAGGAAGUUUGGAAUGAUGUCCUGAAGGCAGACAGUACUUUUAGUUAUUGACCAAAAGUAGUGUACAUUAAGAGUACAGAGAGAUUAAAUCACAUUAGCUACAUGUAUUUAGUCCAUUGGCCAUAUUGUUGCUGUUUGAAGUGAGCUAUAUGUUAAAUGAUCUAUGUAGCUUGGUAAGGUCAUCAGAUUCAAGAAGUAGAUGAGAUACAUCAUGUGUUUUAUAUUUCAUUGGUUGAUUUUUUCUUAUGAUGACAUGGCUAAAAUCCAGUCUAGAUAUAGGUAGUGAAGUAAGUCUGAAUGUUAUGGAAAUGAGAAAGGGUUACUUAGUAACGUACCAAGUAUUGAUAUUGUCAUUACUACACAAAGCAUAACAUGUAGGGGCUUUAGUGAAGUGCAGAAAUGUCCUUUGUAUGAUGUUUGUAGAUUUGUACAGAAAUGUCAUCAUUAUUUGUAUGUACAAGAAUGUAAAUUAUUUAUUAUAUAAUUUUAAAUUCUUUUUUCUACAAAUCACUAUAAUGAAAGUAACUAAUA